UUCAGCAAUAACAACUGAAAGUUUGUGUGUUAGAUCCAUGGCCAUUCUUUGUCCUUCCACUGCCAUCUACCAUCUUCUCUUCUCUUCUCUUCUUCUGUUUUUCUCAUGUUAUGUGAGCGGUAUACCCGUCUACGGAGCAGAAGAGGGCAAAGACGGAUUUCAUUCCACUCCUGUAAGUUCACUGCUGCCAAAGAACAAAUGCUCGACAUCUGCCAGAGGAGGAUCUCAAGGGCUUCCAAUAACACAAAAAUAUGGGCCAUGCUCUGGAUCAGCCCCCUCCCAACCUCCCAGUCCUCAGUUUGGUGAAAAUAACAUUUUUCUUGUUGACGUUGCUUUUGGCACACCCCCACAGAAAUUUAAGCUAAUAUUGGACACCGGCAGCAGCAUAACUUGGACACAGUGCAAAGCCUGUGUGAACUGCUUACAAGACCCCAAUCGAUAUUUCGACUCGUCGGCAUCCUCCACUUAUUCCUUUGGUUCUUGCAUUCCAGCUGUUGAGGACAACUAUACCAUGACAUACAACGACAAAUCUACCUCUGAAGGAAACUAUGGAUGCGAUACCCUCAUAUUGGAGCCUUCUGAUGUGUACCCUAAGUUUCAAUUCGGUUGCGACAGAAAUAAUAAGGGUGAUUUUGGCAGUGGAGUUGAUGGGGUGCUGGGGCUUGGACAAGGGCAGCUUUCUACCGUAUCUCAAACAGCUUCAAAAUUUAACAAAGUUUUCAGUUACUGUCUCCCUGAGGAAGAUUCCAUUGGAUCGCUGCUGUUCGGAGAGAAAGCCACUUCCCAAUCCUCCUCCUUAAAGUUCACAUCGCUUGUAAAUGGUCCUGGAACCUCAGGGUUAGACGAGUCAGAGUACUAUUUCGUCAAGCUCUUGGAUAUAAGUGUUGGUAACAAGCGACUUAAUAUUCCCAGCUCCGUGUUUGCAUCAUCUGGAACUAUAAUAGACUCGGGAACUGUCAUCACUCGCCUGCCUCAACGAGCCUAUUCAGCACUGAAAGCUGCAUUCAAGAAAGCAAUGGCGAAAUAUCCUCUUUCCAAUGGGAGGCGGAAGAAAGGUGACAUAUUGGACACAUGCUACAAUUUAACUGGAACGAAAGAUGCGUUAGUACCGGAGAUAGUGCUACAUUUUGGGGAAGGAGCCGACGUACGUUUGAAUGAAAAGAGAGUUUUUUCGGGGAAUACAUCUUGUCGUUGCUUGGCUUUUGCUGGGACCUUUGCUGGGACCUCCAAAUUUACCAUUAUUGGAAGUACACAACAACUGUCUCUAACAGUUCUAUAUGACAUACCAGGAAGAAGGAUAGGGUUUGGGGACAAUGGUUGCUCCAAGUGAGACCUAAUCCAUCCUUUUGGUUUUGUCUGGUAAUUAGGAGUGCAGGUAGAGGAUGUCCAUUAGAUGCAUAAGGAGUGGGAUGACCCAUUUCAUGUUUAAUUUGUUUGGUUUGCUCUUGUAAUAAAAUUUUGAGUGGAAAACAUAUUCCAUUCAAAUGUUUGUGGCUUGCAUAAUGUAAGGUUUGGAAUGAAUAGAACGCACUAGUUUUAUGUUGCUGAAAA